AUGACCCCAAGCUCCAGACAAGAUGGGCUGUUACCAGCGGGUUAUUUGGGCCCUACCAGCUUUAUUUCUGCUCUUGAAGAAGACAGUGAGUUGGUAUGUAGUGCUAAGGAGCAGCCACAGGGUGGACCAGAGUUCGUCGCCGCGCAGCCAUGGUGGACACAGAGGGCCAUUAAAGCCAUAAGCCAUCUUAAUGAAUUUCCCGUCAUGAAGCAGUUGAUUCAAAAUUACUAUAGCAUGAGCCAAUCUGCAGCCAUUGCAGCACCCCUAGUGUUCGAUACUCUGGCUCGGAUUGAAAUCACAUAUAAUGAAAAGCUAGGCGGUACGAAUGAGCAGCUCUCCGCGUUGACAACCUCAAUUAUUAGAAAUACACAAGAGGUGCUCGAUAUUUCACCCAUGGCGGACGCAACAAGCUUCUACGAGCUUUUUACAGGUUCAUCUCUCCGUUUAGAGAUAAUUGGAGUUAUUUAUGCUCUAGCAGGCCGGGCAAGUUACUUUGGGCUAUCUUAUUCUCCUAGUAGUACCAACACCACGCGUGAUGCUGAAUUCCCACGUCAGAUGCUUACUGCCAGCGAUACUAUAAUCCAGAUCUGCAAGUGCCUAACACCUACGAAUGAUCUCACCCUGUGGCUUGUCUAUGAAAAUUUACUUCUUUCUAGCGUGGUGCUUGGUGAUUCCAGCUCGGCAACAUGGCACCGUUUGGGCGAGCUUGCUACAUAUAUUUUCGAGCUUGGGUUACAUAGAGACGGUGCUUCAGCUUCGCUUCCGCCAUUCCUACUAGAAUCUCGACGCAGACUCUUUGCUGCUUCCUAUCAGUUUGACAAGAGUGUUGCUACCUUUUUAGGCCGUCCACCUCUAAUCUCGUUAAGACAUUCAGACUGUCCCCUUCCACUAGAUAUCAGCGAUGAGGCCCUAGUGGGCAACCAUAGUCAAAUGGAAGCUGCGCGGAGCUCACUAACUGCCGAAGGUUGGAGUGUUCACCCAGUUUUCCAGCGUGCGGCUUGGAUAAGGCUACGAUUCAUAAUAGGUACCUUUAGAGAAGAAAUCCUGGAACUAUCACUGCAAAAAUCUGGGCUAGAAAGAUUAGACCAAUUGAGGGAUGUUUUACGUCGGUGUAAUCAGGCUUGGAAUUCGCUGCCAGAACUGUUCCGCUAUUCAGAGGCCUGUUGGGACACUGAUCUACCCGCGAGUGUGAAACUGAUGCUAAUUGUGUCAUAUCUGGCGUACCUCUAUAACGGCUUCCUUAUCCAGAGCCUAAUAGUUGAAGAUUACCCAAAUGCCCGGGAGGAUUUGCUUAAUAUCAGCGCUACAAUACUCUCCACAGUCUUGAUAUUUGGUAGACAAAGGGAGCGUUCAUUUGAUAUCCAACGCGAUUUUUUUUGGACGCUGCUCCUAUUUGGGUUUUCAAGUGCCAGUGUUCUAAUUCGAGCACUUCAAAAACAAGCCAGGACACAGCAGCCAAUUUCAUAUUAUGGCUCUCGAGCUACCCUUAUUCGCAACCUAAGCGUCUUUAUCUCCCACUUAGAAUCAAUGGCGCGACCUGGCACUGCUGGCUUCUCUUUUUUCAGUCGUGCCACUACUAUCUUUUCACAAAUAAUUACUGAAGUGUUGGAGCCGGGUUCUAUAGAGCCAGGUCUGGAAUCCGGAAUUGGCAAUGAAUCCAAUGAUAUUGACUCUAUGUUUUUUGAUAUAGAUGGGACAGGCCUACUUGAUCGCACAAAUAUAGCGAACGUUUUUGAUCAGAUGUUAUGUGAAUUUUAG